CAUUCUAUUCUAGUACAGUAUAAAUACAACCCAUUUCCACUUGGAAAAGGGGUACCAAAUUGUACAAUUAGGGUUUCUACUUUCUAUUUGGGUGGGAAACAGAGAGGCGGAGAUCGGAAAACAUGGGUGGAGGUAAUGCUCAGAAGUCCAAGAUGGCCCGUGAGAAGAACUUGGAGAAAGCUAAAGCUGCUGGCAAAGGGAGUCAGCUUGAAGCCAACAAGAAAGCUAUGAGCAUCCAGUGCAAGGUGUGCAUGCAAACUUUCAUCUGCACGACUUCGGAAGUGAAGUGCAGGGAACAUGCUGAAGCAAAACAUCCGAAAGCUGACGUGUACGCGUGUUUCCCUCAUCUGAAGAAAUGAUAACAGAUGUUGUUUGAAGGUUUUCAAGUGUGGUUACUGUCAAAUUGUGCUUGAAAUAGUAUGUUUAUAAUAUCAUUAACUCAUGUUGGUUGUUAUCAUUGUGGUUUAAGUGUUGGUAAGGACACCUGGUUCCAUUGUUUGGAAUAAUGCAUAGUUCUUAAGACA